AGUUGCAUCCGGGUCUCUGAGGUUCCUGACUGGCGACCCGUCGCCAUUAGUUGUAGCUCGUCUUUAGAAUUAUUUUUUUAGGGGAAAACCCUAAUAAAACCGGACGUUUUCCGCAAAUUGGAGGACGUCUAACGCCUUUGUUGGGGCCAAAAGUUUCCAACGGCUAGAAAAGCUCAGAUUUUUGGGGUCUGGGCCCCGUUGUGUGAGCAUUCGUUCUCUCCUAUUUCAAAGCCUCCAUUACUGAGACGCCUGAACUGUGUCUCUAUUUUUCUCGGUUUGUUUUGUUGUCAAGAUGUCGCCGUGAUGGAGUCUCCGUGUUUGACAGAAAUGAAUCAGGGCCUUUGCAGCCUGACCCGCACUUGCGACUACCCGCUCACAUUUUUCUUUUUACCAAUUGAUGCUAGAGAGCUCGGAAGCUCUCUCCCAGGAGCUCGGCCUCAGAUCCUCUUACAGCAAGGAGACAACCAUGGAGAAGAAUCCAAACAGCAAUGCCAACAACAAGGUUCCGCCCCGUACGAGUUCCACCGGCCCUCCACCAGGCGAAUCUAAACCCAAAACAGAUGGUAAGAAUAAUGGGGGUUCUAAGCGCUGCAACCGUAAGCGAGAGCCCUCCUUUCCUAAAAGUGACACCUUCCCUGGCCCGCGCCGCACCAAUUCACAGAAAAGCAAAAAUUUUGACAAGAGACCCCCCCAGAGAGGUGCAGGGAGACAGUAUGGCGAUGCAGGUGGAGGAAGACGGGAAGAGGUAGCAGAGACACGCCGGGCGGAGUUUAGCCCGGCUCAAUUUGCUGGACCUAAAAAGAUCAGCCUCAACCACCUGCUCAACUUCACUUUUGAGCCCCGCGGGGGCCAUGGUGGCCUGGGUGGAGACAGCCACUCCGGCUGGGGACGCCGCAACAAGUGGGGCCACAAGCACAAGCCCUUCAACAAGGAGCUUUUCUUGCAGGCCAACUGUCAAUUUGUGGUGACUGAUGACCAAGACUAUAAGGCUCACUUCACUGAUCCAGAUACUCUGGUCAACUGGGACUGUGUGCAGCAAGUGCGCAUUUACAGCCACGAGGUGCCCUCCUGCCCCAUCUGCCUGUACGCUCCCGUGGCGGCCCACAUCACGCGCUGUGGCCACAUCUUCUGCUGGCCGUGCAUGCUGCACUACCUUUCUCUCAGUGACAAGAGCUGGGCCAAGUGUCCCAUCUGCUACGAGUCUGUGAACACGGCAGACCUCAAGAGUGUGGUGGCCAUGGAGACAAGGCAGUAUGCUGUUGGUGACCUCAUCACCAUGCGCCUGAUGAGAAGAGAGAAAGGGGCUCUUGUGGCAAUGCCAAGCUCUGAGUGGGUGAAAGUGGAGGAGCCCAUUUGCUUCGGAGAUCUGUGCCUCAGCCCGUACUCCAAGCUGCUGCUGGCCUCUUCAGAGCAGGUGCUGGGCCUGGUUGCAGAGGAGAAGUCUGCUCUGCAGGCCCAGCUCAGCCAGGAGGAAGGGGCCCAGGCCUGCUUCAUCCAGAGUGCCCUGUGCCACCUGCAGGAGCGAGAGGAGGCUCUGCUGAAGCACCAGAAAACAUGUGCAGGUGACGGCCUUGACCUGUCGAGGCUCACCCUGGCGGACUCCCCCUCCCCCGUGGAUGACGUGGUGACCACCGUCAGCAGUACCAAGCCUGUGCUGCAGUACUCCUCUGCAUUUGACGAUGAGGUGGCAGAGAUGCCAGAGGAGGACCCUGAGCAGGACUGCGGCGAGCCUGCUGAGCACUGCGGUGGCGUCCUGGAGAGCGUUCUGGAGGAGGCCUGUGACGCCCUUCCAGAAGCGGGACCAGAUCCCCAGGCGGCUGAGGAGCAUACUUCCUGCCAGGCUGAAGCAGGGCGUCCCCAAACCACCUCCGUGCACGGACCCUACUACUACUUCUACCAAGCGGAGGACUGUCAACAGAUGUUCCUGCACCCGGUGAAUGUGCGCUGUCUGCUGCGGGAGUAUGGCAGCCUGGAGGCCAGCCCCCACUCCAUCACCGCCACCGUGGUAGAGAUCGAGGGGCAAACCGUCACCGACGAGAUUCGACGUCGGCACCGCUAUCUAGCUCACCUGCCACUCACCUGUGAGUUCAGCAUAUGUGAGCUGGCCCUGCAACCCCCUGUCUUGUCCAAAGAAACUCUGGACAGCUUCGCAGAUGAUUUGGAGAAAAGAAAGCGUCUCCGCCAGAAGAAAGCGAGGGAUGAGAAACGCAGGGAGCGGCGUAUUGAGAUGGAGGAAAACAAGAAGCAAGGCAAAUAUCCCGAGGUGCACAUCGGGCUGGAGAACCUACAGCAGUUCCCGGCUUUUGGUUCGCCACCUUCUAACUACGGUGAACCUGUGUACCCAGAGUUCCUGGUGGCUCCGCCUUCGCCUCUCAGCAGCAGCCCUGCCUCUGAUGGUUUGAUGUUCCCUAGUCUGAAUGGGCAGAGCCCAGCGCCCAUUGUGGGUAGUUUGGAGGAUGACUCGCACUGCAUGUCCUUCGCUCAGAUGCUGAGAGAUGGGAAAGCCAGAGUUGAUGUUGGGUCCAGGAUUACUCCAAAGAAAGGUGAGAUCACGCUGCUUGCUCCCCCGGCGGCAGACAGCGAUGGAGAGAGCGAUGGGUCCGAUCGAGUCCCGGUGCCCAGUUUCCAGAACUCUUUCAGCCAGGCCUUUGAAGAAGCGCUCCUGCAGCUGGACCAUGGUCCAAGCGCACCACCACCACUGGUGGUCGUCCCUGUGGAGAACGGGGGCAAGAAGAAGAAAAAGAAACAGAAGCUUUUGUUCAGCACCUCCAUGGUUCAUACAAAGUAGACAACACUGAAGUUAAAUACCACCAGCCCACCCCACCAUUUUAAUUGAUUGAUUGAAUCGGUCUUCUACUCUCACUGCCUCCCUUUUUAAUGUACCUUCAUUUAAAAUUGCAGAAUGCAAUUAGUAAAAAAAGUUGUAGAUACAGUCAAUGCUGCUUAAUCACAGUCAUUUACUUUACCUCCCUUUCCCUGGCACAGUAAAUCAUUCAAUUUUUGCGUUAAAAAGUAAAUGUUCAAUCGAUGCUUACAGUUGGAAUAGUUGGAAGGGUCAUAUUCUAGCCCAUAUCUUUACAAAGCGUUAACUGGAGUGUUUUUUGUUGCUAACUUUAUUGGUCUCAUAACUCUUUUUUACCGGGGGGUUUUGUCACUCAUCCUGAGAAGUAGUUGGUUAACAUCUAGAAUAGCAUAUUAGGGAUUUGACCGAACAGGCAUUUGUUUUUAGAGUUAAGUAGAAUUGAAUAGGUUUAAGGGAUACAUUGUUUGGGGUAGCAGUCAGACAGCUGCACAUACACCCUCCAGACCCUGCCCUGAGAUUCAUACCCAGUCUAUGCAAUGUCUGCCCUGAAUAUGAUCAAUACAAAUUCAAUGCAAGUCCAUUAAGCUGAGGUAUAGGACUGCCAUUUUAAGGAAUCCAGCAGGUUGUGGCAUUUUAUUUCACUUCUCUAUAGACAUGACAGAUGAAAAGGUUUUUGAAACGAGAUCUGUAAUGAGCUCAUAUCAGUUGGAGGAAAUGCUGAGUAAAGUUAUAGUAUUAAAAUGACAAGCCUUGCUGUGGUGGAAGAGAUUACUCCAGUAUUCUGUCGGGUUCAUCAAUCACACCAUGAAUAUGCAGCUUUCAUCUCCUUGUUUUCCCAUUUUGCUGAACAGGUUUUGAAAUGAAUUUGUUACAUUGGCACUUAACCCCUGAUUUCGAAGCAGUGUUGCAAAUGUUUUUGUUAAGCUAGAGAAACUUUUGAUUGCUUGCUAUACACGGAGUAAAACAAGUGGGAUGUAAAGAUAGAAUAGAUUUGAGGGUUCUUUAAUUUUGAUUGUUUAUAGUAAACAUGCAAAUGUUAAUGUCAUCUAGCUUGACAUUGAAAUCAAUAAAGAAACAUGCACAAAC